GGUCCGAUCCGGAUUUCCCGCAACAAUAGCUUUUUGCUUUCCGUGCUGCGAAGUCCUUUCGAGAUUUCGGACGACGGCCAAUUCAACGGAGGUUGUGGAAAGGCGAACCGGGGAAAGCGGCGCAACGGGCGUGCACCGGUGAGAUAGAGGGGUUGAACUGCGCUGGAAAGCUUGGAUCAUCGGAGGGCGUGGAUCUGCACGUUACAUUCAUCGGCGCCGCCUUCGACAACCGGUAUGUCUCGGGGCAUGGAGGAGAGGCCGCAAGUGGCCGCGGAGAGCUCGAAGGAAAAGGAGACGCUGGCCCCCGAGGACGGAGCGAGUUCCAAGAAUAAUAGGGGCCUGUUACCGGUUCCGUCAAGGUCGUCUUCCCAAAGAGUCCAGCCGUCACCGACCGCGACAGGAUUAAGCGGUGCGACCGCCGGUGAUUCGAGAGACAGCAUCGGAGGACGCUCCAAGGAAUCUAGAGGCAGACCAACAGCGACGCCAGGCCAAUCGGAACCGAACUCGCUUGCGGCAACCUCCCAGAGGAAGAAGAAGGGCGGCUUAUUCGCCUUAUUUGCGUGCUGCGGUGUGCCGGACAACGCCAACGGCCUCGAGUCAGAGACGCCGCUCCCGACUCACAAGCUCGAGAAAAUACCUGCGCGACCACAAACCGCCAGCCGUAGGACGGCCACACCCUCGGAGCAGCCCUCCGGCAGCAGGAUCCAGCUUUCCGAGAAAGAGCCCAGCCAGUCACCUUCAGUCCCUCAAGGGCCAGCAAAGAACGCGAGGCGGAUCUCGGGCACCAGCACUCAGGACCAAUCUACCGUAGGUGGCGAGCGCGACAAUGAGUCGAAGCAGACGACACUCGUUGGCCCAGGCGCAAGCAAUCCGGUAAUCUCAGUGGAGCCGCCGCACGCGACAGGCACGGAUGCCGAAAAGGUGGAGGAGGCUGCCUCGGAGAAGGAUGCCGAGGGUGAUGUGCAAAUGCCAGAUGCUGAGAAUGCGCGGCAGCUAGUGAGCCAAGGAGCCGCGGCAACCGCAGAGGAAACACUACCAAGGGUUCCCCCUCCGCCUUCGGGACCGAUACCAGCAGUUCCAAGCGCUCCAAGCAACGCACUAAUCGAAAGCCCACCGGUCUUUGCUCCGGACCAACCUCAAAGGUUCCUCCUGCCUCCUCAGGCGCCCGAGCACAAGGGCCGGAAAUGCCUAGUUCUCGAUCUCGACGAGACAUUGGUCCACAGUUCGUUUAAGAUUCUUCACCAGGCCGACUUCACAAUACCGGUGGAGAUCGAAGGGAACUACCACAAUGUCUACGUCAUCAAGCGCCCCGGUGUCGAUCAGUUCAUGAAGAGAGUCGGCGAGCUCUACGAAGUCGUGGUUUUCACGGCCUCGGUUUCCAAGUACGGCGACCCGCUUCUCGAUCAGCUGGACAUUCAUAAGGUGGUUCACCACCGGCUGUUCAGGGAGAGCUGCUACAACCAUCAGGGUAACUACGUGAAGGACUUGUCGCAGGUCGGCCGCGACCUGAAGGACACCAUUAUUAUCGACAACUCGCCGACCUCGUACAUCUUCCACCCGCAACACGCUGUUCCCAUCAGCAGUUGGUUCUCCGAUGCCCACGAUAACGAGCUGCUCGAUCUUAUCCCCGUUCUCGAAGACCUGGCUGGCCCCACCGUCCGGGACGUCAGCCUGGUCCUCGAUGUCACUCUUUAACAGUCACGGUUUUCUCUUUUUGCGGCGUAGCUUCUCUCGAUCGAAUUGGCGCUAAACAACCAUGAAUCGAUCUCGUACAAGAUCAGGGGACCCCGGCCGCAUGCGCAAUA